GCACACUGUGAAUUCAGUUGCGUUCUGACAGAAUUUCAAGAUACACGUAUCGCGGCGAAACGAUAACAGAUACCACACAACUCAUUUCGAACGCUUCGAGAGCGGGCUCGCGCGCGCUACUUUAGCUCGAGAACGCACAAACACGAAACAAAGCAAAGUAAAGCAAAAAUACAAAGAAUAAUAAAAAGCAAAACCAAAGUGAAGUGUAGUGAAGCUAAACUGGCAAGAAACCAGAAGAAGUCAGCCAGUCAGCAAGCAAGUAAAGAAAUCAAAGAAUGAAGGCAUGUAAUACAAAGAAAGAACGACGACCCGAAGUGCAAAGACAAAGCUAAUUUACUCGCCGCGCAACGGACAAAUAACAAAGUGUCACCACAACCAUCUUAAAAAAAAAUAAAUGUAAAAAUAAAAAAAUUGUGUAAUCAUCAUAUACAAAAAUACAAAUCAUUGUGCUAAAAAAAAAUAUAUAUAUUAUAUAAGUGAAAAUACAAAACAAAUCAAAUAAAAAAAGUUAUAAUCUAUAAAAGAUUAUACAUAUAUUAACAUUUAUCUAUCGAGUUAAGUGUAUUCUUCGAAUUUAUAGUGGAAAUUAAUCACAAUUCAUUAUUAAUAUUGCACAAUUUUGUAUUAAAUGCACACAGUUAUUGUUGCUGUUCAAGCAGUACAACAUGAAUAUAAUAUCCUGAAUUGGCUUUAAACACAAACUUUUAUGCUCAGCAACGACAGCAUGACAGCGACAUACAGUUUGGAGCAAAUCAAAAGCGCAAAAAGCAUGAAGUGGAAUGACCACUGAAAAAAGCAUACAAAAUUGAACAAAUGGAGUGCGAGGGAAAGUUAAAUUGAAAAUGCAAACAAGCGCGGAGAGUGAAGAAAAAAAUAUUGGAAAAAACGUAGUAUGCAAAAUAGUAGUGCAGAAAAAAUAAAAAAGGUAGUAGAAAAAGAAAAAAGUAGUAGAAAAUGAAAAAAGUAGUAGAAAUAAAAAAAUAGUAGAUAAAUAAAAAACAAUAGAGAAGGUGACAAAAUACUGAAGGAAUACAAAAACAACAUAACGGAAAUAGAAAAAUGAUGUUAGAAGAAAAUCCAAGGAUGUGAUACGCUCGGCGAUUGCAUGCGAUUUCUGACAAAAAAAACUACAAGGAUAAUAAGAACUUCCUGCAACCGAAGAAUAGAGAGAGAAAAUAAUGCAACUCAUUUGACUGAUUAAUUUGUAAGCAACAACAAAGCGAGAGCCAACCAACAAGCAGCGCACAGAAGCACAUCAAAGUGGAAAAUAUUGCAAAAAAAUAUGAGCACACAAACAAACACAUGGAAGAUUGCAUUUAACUAGCACAUGCAGCGGAAUAAAUGCCACACCAGAAACACACACACACACAUACAUAAAUCAAUAAACACACACACACAUCAAGCAUCAGAUUAGUCACUUUAAAAAAGUGCAGCAGAAAGAGUGUGUUUACCGCCGCGUCGCUUGGCUUUAAGUUCGCAGCUUCACCGGCGUGAAAAUGGGCUGCUCACCAAGCACCUUGCUGUCGCACAAUAAUCCCGAUGCGGAUGAUGCGCAUCCGGCGGCUGACACGCAGCUCAGCGGUGCAGGCACCGCACUGGCUGCGUCUGGUGGCAACGGUGAGAAGGAUAGUAGUCUCUUUUUCUGCAUAAAAUUGCGACGCUCGCGGCCACUGCGUCGUUGUAGCCAGCAGAAUGGUGGUGGUGAUGGCAGCGCGGGCAGCGGUGGCACCGGUAGUGCCAUCAAUGGCGACGAACUGCUCGGACAUGGCAAUAUGUGUAAUCAGGCAUUACUCAAUCCGGCGCAGACCAAGAACGAGGCGGAUUAUGAUAAGAUAUGCAGCGGCAAAAAGGAUUCCAUCGUCACCGUUGCGGCAUUGGGCAACUUCACGCACACGGUGGUGCGGCGUGCCACAGGCAGCACUGGUACAUCGGGCACUACAUCAUCGGGUGGUGCUUCCAAGCCAGAGAAACGAAAAUCAUCCAUUGCAUUGACACCUGAAGAUGAAUCAAUAGAGCGAUCUCUCAUGGACGUGAAAUUUCCAACCGUAUUACCACCGAAUCCCCAACUCAAGGCUUUAUUGGUUUUCCACAAGUCGGACAAUAUCUGCGAAGUGGUAACGGAGGCAUGCCAUCGACAGCAGCUCGAUGUGACGGUGGCGCGCACCAAAGAGGGCGCCCUCGAUACCUUGACCAACACAAAUGAGGAAUUCUAUCAUUUGAUUAUAAUUGAUGCACGCUCGACAAAGCAUUUGGAUGCUGAAUAUAUAGCCAGAUCAAUACGUCAUACAAAUGGUCAUCAUUUUACGACAAUAAUUGCUGUGGUUAAAAAGAGUUUCUUUGAAAAGGAUGAUGUACUAAUCGCACUAUUAGACGCUGGCGUUAAUAGGUGCGUUCCAGAGACCACAAAUCUUUCGAUGUGCAACAUUGAGCUAAAGCAAAUCCUGCAUUCAAUUGUGCGACCACACAAUGUUAUGUCAACGCAGCAAGCCCUCUACACAGCGUUGCAUCGGCUUAAGGAAGUCAUUCUUAUCACAGACAACCACCUGCGCAUUCAAUAUGCCAAUCGGGCAGCAGAACGUUUGCUCAAUAUGCGUAUGGAUGAAAUAAUUAGCAAACCAUUGGCCGAUAUUUUCAUCUCGGAUGUCUCGACGAUUAUGAUACACGGCCGCAAGAAUAAAGAAUUCGAUGAGAUCUUGACGGUGCGGCGCAAGGGGCAGGAAGACGUGGCAAUGCAUGUGCGCGUCAUACCAGUCGCCUGUAUCGGACGCACUCCCACACAUUAUGUCUUCAAUCUCGAUGUACCUGGUUCACAUGGUGACUUUGUUGCCACACUACCACAAGCGCGUGAGGCACCGCGCGGCUCACAGCACUCCAUACGUCGGGGCAGUGUCGAUGUGCGUUCGGUGGCAUCGGAUGGCCUGCGGCGUACCAGUCUGGCCAAGUUGACAUCACUGCCAUUGGAGGCGCCCAUUACAAAAAUAAUCAAUUUACUCUCCCAAGUACAGGAGAAUUGUUCGCCGGACGAGGCACGGCUAAUUGAUAAGGUGAUGGAAUUCUUGAAACGUGAAGGACUUUAUAGUCCACAAAUGAAAGAAAUACGCACAGAUGAUCCCAUAGCGACCGAUUUGAUUGGUGCCCUAUUAACGGGUCCCAGUCUAUAUUCGUCACGCCGCAGCUCAAAUGACUCCAUCAUACGCGUGGGUGGUCGUCAAUCCACUUGCAUGCCCGCCAAAAUGAAGGCCACGCCACACAUUAUGGAAUUACUGGAAGAAUCUCUAAGUUGGGAAUUUGAUAUUUUCAAACUUGAAGAAAUCACUGAAAAGCGACCACUGCUCUAUUUGGGCAUGGAAAUGUUCCGACGUUUCAAUGUCUUCGCAACGCUGAAUAUCGAUGAAAAUGUCUGCAAGAGUUGGCUGGCCGUAAUCGAAGCGAAUUAUCAUGCGAAUAAUUCAUAUCAUAACAGCACACAUGCUGCUGACGUCAUGCAGGCCACGGGCUGUUUCCUCACUCAGCUCGCCGCCAAGGAUAUGGGCAUGGACCGCACAGAUGAGGCCAUCGCGCUGAUUGCGGCCGCCGCACACGAUGUCGACCAUCCGGGACGCUCUUCCGCGUUCCUCUGCAACUCGCGCAAUACUUUGGCGCUACUCUACAAUGAUCUGUGCGUCUUAGAAUCGCAUCAUGCUUCAAUUACCUUUAGGCUUACUUUAAGUGAUGAUAAAGUCAACAUCUUCAAGAAUUUAGACACUGAGAGUUACAAAUCAGUACGCAGCGUUGUAAUCGAUAUGAUUCUCGCCACAGAAAUGACGCGGCAUUUCGAACAUUUAGCCAAGUUCGUCAGCAUCUUCGGCUCGGAUGAGGAACCAAAGGAUAUCGUGCAAUCUGAGGAGGAGAGUUCGAUUCUCAUUCGUCGCAUGAUGAUCAAAGUGGCCGAUGUGAGCAAUCCUUCGCGUCAGCCUUCGUAUUGCAUUGAAUGGGCGCGUCGCAUUGCCGAGGAGUACUUCACGCAAACUGAUGAGGAGAAGGCAAAGACUUUACCCAUUGUUAUGCCUAUGUUCGAUAGGAAUACGUGCAGCAUACCGAAGAGUCAAAUCGGCUUCAUUGAGUACAUUAUACAGGAUAUGAUGCAUGCGUGGGAUAGUUUCAUCGACAUGCCACAACUGGUCACCUACAUGCAGAUCAACUACUCACAGUGGAAGAAAUUCGAAGAUCAAGGUGUACACACACUGGCAGAUGUCAAGAGCAAACAACACAGUUUGAGUGUGAAGAAGAGUGCCAAAUAGCAUUUGGCAUUCAAGAGGUUGUUCUCAGGGCUAUUGAAGCCGCAGCCGGUCCAGCCUCCAUGUGCGUUGACAAUUGGUGAAAAUGAAAUGGAAUAUUGCUUGCAAAAAUAAAUACAGUGAGACACAGCAGAAAUGUGAGGAUAAUGGGACAACAGCGAAGAAACAUGAAUAUGCAAGAGAAAUUUAAAGGAAAUUGAUGUGGCAAAGUUCAUAUGAAAUUAUGUGAGAGAGAGAGAGAGUGAGUAAAAGCUGGAACACAAAGCAUAUUUAUUUUCGAAAGCGAAUUAUUGACAAGUCGGUUGAGGUUAUGUAUGUGAUUGACAAAAAGUGACUAUACUGUUUGCUACAGCACCGAAUGCGAAGCGUGAGGCAUGCAAUUGACUUGCACUGCCAUGUGACGACCCCAACUGGCGCAUGAAAGCUCAACACUGGCGAACUCUCUCAAGCAACUGGCGGCAACUCGUGCCGAUUGUGGCCGGCACCGGCUGUUUACAGCACACAUACAUACAAACAUACAUUAUACAAGUAUAAUACUAAAUGUUCAUUUUUCUUGGGCUGGACUCAAAAUUGAAAAUUUCACAAAACAAGCAAAAAAAAAAAUCACAAAAUGACCAAAAGAAAAAAAUAUGUAUACAAAAACAAAACAAAAAAAGAUGUUUUCUACACUUUUAACACGCAAACAAAUAUUUUAAGAUGAUUUCUUGAAAUUAUAAAUGAAAAAGUUAUUGUUAAAUAUAAUACUUAUAUUGUAAUAAAUGUUGUUGAACGUUAUGGAUUGAACGGUUUUAAGCGAAAUUCGGAGACUUUUUAGCAAAAUUUCACUAUUUUCUCCACUGGACAAACUCGUUGAGGCAAAUAUUUUUUAUAAAAAAAAAACUAUUAGGUUUAUUCGAAAAAUAAUAAAUUUUCGACACAAAACUAUUAGUAAAUUUUACUAUAUAUUUCAACAACAACAACCACAAAGUAAUGCUAAGUAAUAUUAGUAAUAUAAUAUAACUUUAUAACUGUAACUAUACAAGUGUUUUUCUUGAACCAUUUUUUAACCCAAAUGACUGAUCUAACUACAGAAAAUGCAACAAAACUGCAAAAAACUAAUAGAACUGCAUGUUUUUGAACUCUUUUUUAAAACAACUUUUUAGUAAUAUAUAUGUAUGUACAAUACUGCAGUAAACUGAAUAAAUAGUCUAUUAAAUUAAACAAAACCUUAAAAGAAAUAUAUUGAAAAACUAGCAAAAUUAAUGAAUACACUAUUUCAAAAUUGAUUUCGAAAACUUACAAUUACAAAAAUUAUUUACAAAAAUUUUGAAAAACAAAAUAAAUAUUUGCAAAAAUUUUGUAAAACAAAAUAAAUAUUUGCAAAAAUUUUGAAAAACAUAAAAUCAAUAUUUACAAAAGUUUUGAAAAAUUUUAAAAGAAAUAACAUUUCGCAUAAAAUCAAAUACAAUUUACAAAUUAGUUAAAUACAAACAAUAACAAAAAAACGAAAUUAAAUCAAAUAUUAAUUUUUAAGCUACGCAAAAUUUUCUUAUUGGUGUGCAACUGACUAAAAAUUAAACUAGUUAUAAAAAAAAGAACUAAUAAUUAUAUAUAUAUAACGGUUUAAUUAAAUUAAAAUUUAAAAUUUAACUUAUAAAGAAAUUAAAAAAAAUCUAACGGAUUUAGUUAAUUGUUUGCUGGUGCCAAAAAUAUAGUUUUUUUUCUUACUACAUAAUGUUUGUGGUGCACACACGAAAAUUUCUAGCAGAAAACACCCGGACUGAAAUUUGCAAAAAGCUUUUGUGUUUUGUGCAGAGUCUCUUGGCACUUUAGUAUGUAUGCAUGUGCGCGGCAAACUUUUCAAAAACGCCGUUGUUGUUUACAAAACAAAUUAGUUAAGAAAUAUAUUGUAUUUUCAAAAAUUGUCACCCUUUAUUUUUAGCUUAGUAACUACUUAA